AUGCGAGGUUCUUCCAUCUCGCCGUGGACGGUACGCCACCAGCGUGAAUUCUUGGUCAAGGCCUUUACGACGCAACACGUUCGCUCCCUUGAGUCGACGCUAAUUGACCACGACAGAUACCCGCGCAGGUCUCGUCGUCUGGAACCCGCGCCGCCUCCCGACACCAGCGUGUCAUUAAGCCCGACGCGCACCGUCGACACCAAUGUGCGGCCGUCCUCGAGUCUUGCCGGCGACUCUCAUCUGCCCGACUUGGAACCGCGGUCGAGCCCGGUCGUCGCAAGCGAGGACGCAACCGCCGGCCUCAACAGUGCGCCGGCCUCGGCGGCAUCCGCAGCCGGCACGCUCUUCUUUGGGGAGUCCAAUUUCCUGACGCUCGUGCCCGGCAACGAGGCGGCCGCCUUGGAGGGCGCCGGCAAUGCCUCGAAUCAAAAACCGCGACUCACGUUCCCGAUCCCCGGGAGCCCCGGUUCGCAGUCGCAGGUUGAAGGCGCCGGGAUAAGCGCCGGCACCAUGCGGUACUUGCGAGACGAAGGCGCCCUCACGCUCCCGGAUCUCCAGACUUGCCUCCCGGCCCUCCAGGCCUACUUCACAUGGUUCCACCCAAGCUUCCCAAUCCUAGACCGAGCAGAGGUGACCAGGCGGCUGGCUGCCAUGGAUAUUUCUCGCUUCCUGCUCCAGGCCAUGCUGUUUAUAGGCGCCACCUACUGCGACGAUGACACCAUCGUAGCCAUGGGAUUCAAGGAUCGAUCCGAGGCCAAGCGCAUCCUCUACACGAGGGCGAGGCUCCUCUUCCAUGCCGAUUGGGAAAAGGACGAGAUUAUUCUGAUACAGUCUCUAUUUCUCAUGAGCUUCUGGCGUGGCGGCCCAGCAGACGUCCGCGAUGUCAGGUACUGGCUCGGCGUCGUCAUCACCUUGUCCGAGUCGUACGGACUGCAUAGAUCUUUAACCCCCCACCCCUCAAGACCGCGAUCGAUUUCAAAAAGCACGCAUAUGAAUCGAAUGCGACGGAGAAUUUGGUGGUCCAUUUAUGCCCCCCCGACAUUGGACUCAACCCCUGACCCAGGCAUACAGGUGCGUGAGCGCCAGGUAGCGGCAGCACUGGGGUUGCCCAGCCGUAUAAGAGAUGAAGACUGCGACAUUGAGCCUCUCAGCGCCACUGAUCUCGAGUCUGAAGCCUUGUGUGCCAACAAUCCGCUGUUCGGGUCAUGCCAACCAGAGCACAUUACGUAUACCAUCAAAAUGGUGGAGAUUGCCAGACUCCCUUCGACGGCCGGCGACGUCAAAGACCUCGACAACGCCCUGGAGGCAUGGAAAGACAGUCUGCCAGAGAGCAUGAGUUUCUUACGAUACGGAGAAGGGGACAAGAAUAACCAGGUCGUCACCGCCGCCGCCUGUAGGAUAAGUAGAAUCGCGGAGGACAUGUCCACGCACGGCACGCUGCGAUACGGACAGAUGCACCUAAUCACCAGUCUAUUUGCAGCUCUCUGCAUCCACGUCAUAAGUAUUCGGCGGGGAAUGGGCGUUUCAAGACGAAUCGCAGAGCAUAGAGCACAGAUGUGCCUGCUUUGUCUGAAGGAGAUCCAGAAAUACUGGAGGAUCAAUAACAAUGUCCUUGAUUUGUUUCUCCAGUACCUGGAUCGAUCUAUUGCCGAGAGACUGCACGCCGCGCAGACGGACGGCUCUGGUAGUGACGCCGCGGCAGGGUCGAAACGACCGGACCCUUUUAUCGGGAGCAAUGGCGAUGCAUCGGCUGCGCCAUCUCGAGGGGAUCCGAUGCUGUCGCCCAGUGGGGAGCAACUGCGCAGCCCGGACGACUUGUUCCAAGACCAGUACUUCAAUCUGGUCAAUGGUCAUUGGGAAGGGGACGAUGCCUUGGGAGACUUGGGGCUGUUUUUGCAAGCCGACGACUUUUCUCCGGUGAAGGGCCUGAACUUCCUCGGUCGGUCUCGGUAG